AGUUACCAGAGCAAAUAAAGAGCAGGGGGCGAUCACGAGUUCGGGACCUUUAGGUGGGGGGCAAUGACAAUCAGUUCGGGAAAAGCAAGUAAACGGCGUCAAUGGAAAGCCCGAAAAGGAAAAGAAAAGAAGGGGGAAAGAAAAGAAACGAUGGGUGACAGACAGUCUGAGCAUCGGGUAAGCGCGCACACAUGGAACGAAGGCUCGAGCGAGGGAAGACGAGGACAACGAGAGCGGACAGGCGGAGCCCGAAAACAGGAAAAUAACAACAUUAAUCGUGGGAAAGCAGUCAAAACACGGCAAAUCCUCGUAUGUGCAGUCGUACUAGCACAAGCGUUUCUUCGAGCUCUAGGCCCUCUGGACUCCAUCUCUUCGCGGGCCAGCGAGCAUAUUCGUCGAGCAAAGUGGCUGUCAAGCAAGCGAGCGAAGUGCGGUGCUAUGCAGACGGGUUGUUUGUGAAUUUCAGCUAAGUUUAGAGGGGGGCAGGGGCCGCCGGAUUUAGCCGGGGGAUGAGAAAGAGCGAGAGUUUAGGCUACAGGAGUUCAUUGGCGUGGUGGGGUAGUGAAGGAGGCGAAAAGGGGUAGUCAUGUUUGGAGUGAGAGAAAGAGGAGGAGGGGGCGUCCUGCUUAGAGACAGAGGCGGGGAUGUUGAUUUUGUGGAGCUUUAUGCCGAUGGCGGGGGACGUCGCGCGGUGAUCAGCGCUAGAGAGCGGAAGGAAAGAGAAGAACUUAGAAAUCGACAUCAGGUUUAUCAAUACGAAGACGAGACUGGAAGAAUAGUCGACGGGAUGGAGUGGAUCACCACGCAGCACUUGGAUCUGUCGCCCGGCAGGGCGGGUGCUCCAAGUGUGCAGCCUCACUGCGCUGCGUUUCAUCACUCGCAGGCUUUGUUCGCUGCUGCUGUUGGGAGACAUAUCAUCGAGUUUGACGCCUUGACAGGAUGCAAGCUUUCGAGCAUAGACAUUGGUGCGCCUGUUGUGCGCAUGGCCUACAGUCCUGCUGGUGGGCACAUCAUUGUCGCGGUUCUUGAGGACUGGACCAUUAGAUCAUGGGACCUCGAGACUGAACACACAUAUGUGUUGUAUUCUCCCGGUGACAAGAAGUCUAGCAAGGUUCCAGGCGGUUCUGUUGAAGUGCAUAUUGCCCUCACGCCACUGCGACCGUGGCUUUUCUUUGGUGCCCACCUUCGCAUGAGUGUAAAUGUUGUUGGGACGAUUGAAGGCGUACGAGCCGCCACUAAAAUAAAGGCAGACCUGAAGAAGCCUAUAACUGACCUUGCUUGCCAUCCCCGAAGCCCCCUUCUGUACGUUGCCUACGCGGAUGGUCUGGUUCGGGCAUAUAAUAUACAUAACUUCAGUGUUCAGUACACUCUACAAGCUGAUAAUUCUAUUAAAUUAAUCGGAGCAGGUGCCUUUGCAUUCCACUCCCUCUUAGAAUGGGUGUUUGUGGGUGAUCGAAGUGGGACUCUUUUAGCUUGGGAUGUCUCCGUCCCAAAUAGACCAAGCAUGAUUGGAAUAACGCAAGUAGGAAGCAACCCUGUUGCAGCGAUUGCAUGGCAUUCUAUGCUACAGUUACUCCUUACACUGUCGAAGGAAGGUUCGGUGCAAGUCUGGAAACCACGAGUAAUAUUAAACCCCAAUAGACCACACUUGCGAGCCAACUUUUUCGAACCUGCUGGACUAGAGACGUUGGACGUAGGGAACGUUUUGACCCAGUUUGGUGGUGUUCCCGUUUAUCCUGUACCACGCAUUGUGGAUCUCUUGGUCCAUCCUAAGUUAAACCUGGCCACCAUCUUGUUCGCUAGUAUGGCAUCAGGAGAAGAAGAGACACGAAAGAGACAAUUGACAGUCUCGAAGGAAGCAAGAAGACAACUCUUCACUGUUUUACAAAGUGCGAGAGGUUCUCCAGUUUCUGUUCUGAAGGAUAAACUUUCAGCCUUGGGAUCUUCUGGAAUAAUGCACGGUCACCAGCUUCUGCAUCAGGCUCGAGCACAGGCCGGAGGCACACAGCUCACAAUGUCCGACCUUGCAAGGAAGGCUUUCCUGUAUGGAAAUUCAGCCAAUGAGCAAGUGAGAAGUGGGCCAAUCAUGACUUUACCUUUGCUUACAAUUGCUGACUACAGUCAUCUUCUGCGAGAUGUUCCAGUAUGCCAGCCGUUGCAGCAAGAACUCAAGUUUUUCAAUUCAGAGCAGCGCAUCUUCAACUACCCCGUUAGAGUUUUCUUCAUGGAUGCUUGCAACCUUACAUCCUACAACCUCACCAACGGCGACUACAACAUUUACAAGAAGCUCUCCACCACAGCAAUUGGUGGAAACGAGAGAAUGCCGAAACACAUGAUUUACAGCAGGAAACACCAUUUGUUUAUGAUCUUCUUCGAGUGCCGGGGUGCACCCAGCGAAGUAGUCUUGUACCGCGAUCCUAUGGGUACACAUUCGGCGGCUGAGCGAGUGAACACCGUGGCAGGUCGUGAUGGUGCCUUUAUCGGACAUCAAGAAAACCAAUAUGCCGUUCUGGAGGAUGAUGGCAUGGGUCUCGUUUUGAACUUUUUGGAAGAAGAACCAGAUCUUAUGACUGGUGGUUCUGCUAGGCCGUCUUUCAGUGUGGAGGGAAAUGGAAAAGAAAAUGGUCUUAAGAAGCCCAACGGUGUACCUGUUGCUGAUGCAAUCACAUUUGAGAAGUCCGAUUCAGACACAGAAGGAGAAGAGGAAGAAGCUGAGCAGCCUCCUGUCAGUAAACCAGAAGGGCCAAAGCAGCGUGUCGCUUUGCAAUUUGUUUUCGACAGCACCGUGCAGCGCAUAUUUUCAUCGCCCCUCGAAGCAACCUUACUUUAUGUUCUGGCGGACAGUCAUCUCGGUUUGGCUAAAGUGUCUGCUGACGCUUAUGCCGCCGAUGGAGGUCACCUGAUGCUCUCCACCAAGCCGGAAGCCGGAAAGUUCUUGAAGUUGAUGCCGCUAGAAAGAGUUUUACAGAUUCGCUGGCAAGAAACUUCAACAGGCCAAGCAGCUGGUAUCAUGACUACCCAACGAGUCAUGAUAACGUCAGCCAAUCUUGAAAUAUUAGCCAGUACUUCAACAACUUGGGACAAGGGCUUUCCUCCAUUCAGAUCUCUCGUCUGGGUUGGACCAGCCCUGCUUUUCUCCACAGCUACAUCCGUUGUAAUACUAGGGUGGGAUGGCGUUGCUAGACCUUUGGCCACAAUUGGCACUCCAAAUGCCUCUUUGAUCGGAGCUUUGAAUGAUCGUCUGCUUCUGGCCUGCACGAAUGAUCCUAAUCCAAGGAAUAGACAAAUGGUGGAGGUCAAGACACGCCUUCUUGGGUUACUUGAGCCUUUGAUGAUUGGAUGGACGACGUUGCAGAAGUGUUUCGAGCCGAAGCUUGACCUGACAGAGAUUAUGUAUCAGCUAACCUCAAGAUUUGAUAACCUUCGCGUUACACCCCGGUCACUGGAUGUUCUUUCGAGAGGACCACCCGUGUGUAGCGAUUUAGCAGUCGAGUUGGCCCAGGCGGGUCCUCAGUUCACUCAGGAGCUUCGGUGUAAAUAUGCUAUCCAGGCACGACGUUUCGAUACCGCCCUUGCUAUACUGAAGGACGAGUAUCUCCGUUCACGAGAUUAUCCAAGAUGUCCACCUACCACUCGUUUAUUCCAGCGCUUCCGAGAGCUUGGUCGUGCUUGUAUACGAUGUGGGCAGUUCGACAGGGCUAAGGAAACUUUCGAGGUUGUUUCUGAUUACCAGAGUCUGCUUGAUUUGUUCUGUUGCCAUCUUAAUCCGAGUGCAAUGCGGCGACUCGCUCAAAAGUUGGAGGAAAACAAGGUCGAUUCAGAGCUCACACGUCAUGUUGCCAAGAUUUUGACAGUGAGAUCCGUUGGUUGGGGUCAAGGUGGAGCAUUUGCUAACUUAUCAGCAGAGAGUAUGGCUCCCAAGGGGCUUGAAUGGGGAGGAGGUAAUUGGCAGAUCAAGACUACUCCGGCCAUUAAAAUUGUGCCCGAGUGGGAACUUUCGGGCGAGGUAACUGCAUACAUGAAAACUCCUAAUGGUGCCAUUCCUACCAUCAUACCCGAACACAUUGGUGUGUACUUGGGUACUUUGAAAGGCCGUGGAACUGUGGUUGAAAUCAGAGAAAAUCUGCAUGUUCGGAAGUUCAGUUCAGGUGUUUUGGAGGAAAAUGGUGGUGCUGGAGAUUUACCAGCUGGGCUUGCACGCUCAGCCUCCAACAAAUCAAAACUUUCAGAAGAUGAUGGCACCAAACCAGGAAGCGGAAGGGCAACCGCUUCGGGUGCACAAAAGGGUGAGAGUGAGUCAGAUGCCCAGGCUAGAGCAGAGGAGGAGUUUAAAAGAGGUUUGUAUGGUCUGGAGAAGAGUAGCAGUGAUGAAGAGGAAGGCACUGUGAACACUAAGAAGCGCUUCAGCAUUCGAAUUCGCGAAAAACAGGCCGCUGCAAGUGCAGUCGAUGUGAAUAAGUUGAAGGAGGCAACCAAACAGUUCAGACUUGGAGAUAGCAUGCAUGGAGUGCGAACUCAGCGGCAAUCUGCUGGCUCAGGAGACAUGACAGCCACGGCAAUGCCUACAUUCACAGCUAAUCCAGCUCCAGAUAUGCUUGCUCUUCCCGCUCCGCCCAUGGGUAUGGGAGCUCCACCCAUGCCCGGUGCUCCACUUAUGGGCAUGGGUGUGCCGAGUGGACCCAUGAUGGGUGUUGGUGUGGGUACCGGACCUAUACCAGAAGACAUAUUCCAGGGCGAUAGUACUGUCGCUACAUUUCAGGCAACACCUUACCCCCCUGGUGUGGCCUUUCCUGGACAGCAGCAACCAGGAUCCGCACCUUUGCAGUGGACCUUUCAAGGAUUGGGAACUCCUCAGCAAGGUGCGCCACGCUUUCCUGACGGUGGAGUGCCUCCUCAAGGUGGUCCUCCACAGCCUGGAAGUUAUGAAUUGGCGAGUGGCAUCCCUCCCCAGGCAGUCCCAGGACUUGGAUCCGAGUUGAGUUUGCCUGAUGGUGGAAUUCCACCCCAAGCCGGAGUCACCCCUCCAAGUGCGGAGACUUCGAAGGGACAGCCGCCUACAGAUCUCAGUGCCCUAGCAGGACCUGCAAAACCGCAAUCAACCUUACCGAAGGGACCGUUGAAGCUUGGACAGGUGCCCCGAGGUGCUCCUGCAUCUGACUGCUUCAAAGCAGGUCUUUCUCAUAUCGAGCAAAACCAGCUUACGGACGCUAUGUCGUGUUUCAACGAGGCCUUUCUGGCAUUGGCAAAAGACCAAUCGCUCAAUAUUGAUGUCAAACCACAAGCGAAAAUUUGUGCACAAUAUAAAAUUGCUGUUCUUCUUCUUCAGGAAAUUGCACGUUUGCAAAGAGUUGAAGGUCAAGGUGCUGUGGGUGCCAAGGAAGAAAUGGCCCGAUUAUCUCGACAUCUGAGUACAUUGCCUUUGCAACCAAAACAUCGAAUUAGCUGUAUCCGCACUGCAAUCAAAAGGAAUAUGGAUGUACAGAACUACAUUUUUUCCAAAAAAAUGUUGGAUCUUCUGAUCUCCAAAGCUCCACCCAAUAAGCAGGAGGAACUUAAAGGUUUGGUCGCCGUAUGUGUGCAAAGAGGGCUGACAGAUCGGACGAUUGAUGGAGAAGAAGAUGCAUCACAGUUUUGUGCUGCUACUAUGGGGCGGUUAUCAACCAUCGGACACGAUAUGUGUGAUACUUGCAGCGCCAGAUUCUCUGCCUUAACAUCACCUGGCUGUACUGUGUGCGGGAUGGGCACUGUGGUCAGAUCUGAUGCCGCUACCGGACCUACCUCAUCGCCUUUCUCGUAAGGUAGCAACUCCGAAAUUUUGAGCCAGCGACGACUUUGAAGAGCUAGUAGCAGCGAUAAGACUACAAAGUCAGGAAGAUCUUGUUACACCCAGCUGUCUAUCGUAUCUGGAAGGUUCAUAUUGAUCUCAGGUUUUGAACAGCCUCUCCUCACCUGUACCCGUCAUUUGCCGUGAGAUUACUACCUGUCCGUCGCCUCCGCUUAAUUUCGAUGUCUGAACUAGAACGCUGUGCGCUGAACGGCUGCUAGCAGUACCAUUACAUGUGAGAAACGUAUAGUUAGCUUUACAGCCAUUUCAAUGUAGAGUGAGUUGAUGGCUGAAAGAGUUGUUGGGAAUCUUUGCUGUUUUUCAAGCACCGGGAUCACACGAUUGAUGCUAGUUGCAAUUGUGUUAUGCCCAAGCGUUGUCAGGACCUAGUUCACCUAAAUUGGUAUCACAACUUUUUGCUUUCUACCAUCUUGUACCUUCCGCAAAGCCAAACAUUUAAGAUCCUAAGCCAACAGGUUGGAUGCUCGGGGUUAUCUCCGGUUUUUGCUCAAGGUGGAUUGCUUCAGUACACCGAUGGAUCGAGGUCUUUUCGUAGAUCACCCUUCGGAAGAAAUUCAUCGUCAUUCUUUUGCCCCAUUAUCUCCUUAGAUGUAAAGUAGUGGCCUACUGUUUUUUUUAGAUAGAGGGUCUUGUAAGCAUAUAAAAGGGGCCAGGUGAUGUUUUUCACCUUAUACAUUUUCCGAUUCCAAAAAUUUGUAUGACUACAUGUGUAUAGCCUGUAGUGCACUUUACUGCUUGACGUGUCAUCAGAGAUCAUCUGUUAUGCUGGG